CUGAAUGGUUGGUUUCGUGUGCGUUCUGUUCUCCUUCUCCCUCGCUCUGUCUUCAGCCCACCCCUACCGCCAAGCGAAGCCGAAGCGAGAACGGCCCACGAGAUCGCCAAAACACCUUCAGGCCCAGCCCUGCUGUCCGCUGCCUGGGCGGCGCCCUCACGCCGCCCAGGCCGCCAGGGCCGCGCGGCGGCCGUGCGCCCUGCCCGGCGGAGCGGCUUCUUAAAGGCGGCGGCCGCCACGCCGGGGUCGCGCCGCGGCUCGCCGCGGUGGGAACGAGCAGUGUCACACGUCGGGUACGUCUGGGGGGUCAGGUCCCGAGACCCCCUCAAGAAGAGGAGGAGGAGGAGGAGGAGGAGGAGGAGGAGGAGGAGAGGCACCCUGGAGGCGAGCAGGGUGCUCCUUGGCAGGGGCCCCCACCGUAGGAGGCUGCAGCGCCCCCUGAGCCGCGCCGUGGCCCUCUGCGCGCGGCGCGCACCCGGGCCGCACCGUGGAGGCGUUGACCGAUAGGAACCCUAAAUAAGGAACGAGAAAAUCCAGGGCGAGCUGCGAGACAAGGAAGGAACACGGAGCCCCUCCCCAACGAAAAGGGUUCCUUCUUCAGCGCCCCGACUGUAGCUAAUUGGCCGCGCCUUGCCGGGGGCGGGCGCCGACUGCGAGAGGAGGCGCGGCGGCGCGGGGAGCUUCGCCCCCACGAGCGUGGUCGCUCGGCCUGCCCUGGCCACCAAGGCACAGGACCUCCGAGGGAAAAACGGCAUCCAUCAUAUGGACGUCGUCCUGCGUAUGGGGCCCAAACGGCCCCAAAAAAGCCAACCGAAGUGGCCAGCGAGGACCAUACGGUUCCGAAACACACCUCCACCCCGUAAAUCUAACGGGAGACUCCACCUGUGUGAAACAGGCGCCCAAAAACAGCCAAG